AUGUUAUUUCGACGAAGACUUCAAAUAUUUGAAAAAUUGGUCGAGGAUUAUGUCAUAAAUGUAACUGUUACAUGGGUACCAACAACUAAAAAUAUUGCAGAUGAACUCACAAGAGUGCCAACAAAAUGGAUAAAAAACAAAGUUGCAACACAAGAAUGUAAUACCAUUUACAAGUACGAUAAACAGCAGAUUCCAAAAAUUCAUUCACUAGCACACAUGGGAGUUUCCAAGAGUAUGGAGUUAUGUAUGCGCGCUGGUAUCCACGUUACCAGAGACACAGUGAAACAGGUUGUCGCUGAAUGCGAUGAAUGUAAAUCGAUUGACCCUAAUGUGAUGUUGUGGGAUAAAGGAAAUCUUGUUGUCAGCAAAGUAUGGAAAAGAGUAGCCUGCGAUGUUACUCAUGUUGAUUCAUCGCUAUAUCUCACUUGUAUUGAUUGCGGCCCAAGCAGAUAUACGUUAUGGACACCAUUAAGCGACGAAAGUGCAACUAUGGUUGUUCAAGCGUUAGAAACAAUAUAUUCAACACUUGGACCUUCUUCUGAAGUUCUUCUAGAUAACUCUAAGUCAUUUAGAUCUCAGCUUAUGCAAACUAUGGCUGCAAAAUGGGAAAUAAGGCUCAUCUAUCAAGCUGUUCAAAAACCAUCGGGAAAUGGAAUAGUUGAAAGAGUUCAUCGGGCGGUAAAAAGAACAAAUGCAAGAAUAAAAUGUGGUAUUCCCAUGUCUGUAUUUUUAAUCAAUAACGUUCAUUCAAAACACGGCACACCUUUUGAAAUAUUUUGCCAACAUCGCAAACGAGUUCGAAUUUCUGGAAUCGAUAAAAUCGAAUCACAACAAAACUCGAUGACAGAGUGUCGUGAACGGAAAGUUGGCGACAAAGUGUGGGUGAAACCCAAGUACAAAACGCCGUGUACGCAACGAUGGCUGAAAGGAAGUAUAGUGGCAUUGCAUAAUGAUUUAACAGCUGAAGUCGAUGUCAACGGACAUACGUUCACUAGACGACUGAUCUUACAAAUCCUACAAGAAUCCUAUAGGAUGAGAUGCACAAGUCCCUGCAGGACUUACAAGAAUCUUUUAAAGGAUCUUGUAGGAUUUGAAGGAAUUCUUAUAAGAUAA